AUGUCUGAACCGUGGAGGCCACGGCCUGCUACGUCCCCGACUCGCGACAAAUCCCAUUCCCCAUACAGAGACUCGCCUUCUCGACGGCUGAGAGACAUCGAAACCGGAUACCACCCGUCCCGCAAUGCGCCUUCCUCUCCGAGCUCGAGAACCGCGGACUGGGAACCGAUCAUGUCCAAUCCGAUGACCCAGAGCGAGCUCAAUCGCAAGAAAUCCCUGAUCCGUCCCGAACGGAGUCGAAUUGAUCGAGAUCAUCCCAACUACCACUAUCGUAAACAUGCUCAGAAUAUGGAAGUCUUCCCCUCCACCACGGGGAAUGAUCCAGCGGUUGAAGAGUUGGCCGAGGCGCGAACCGUGAGCUCCGACAGCAGUAAUCUCAUCCCUCCAGCCGGCGACGAAUUCUCGACCCAACGGCCAAGGGCGCAUGUGCCGGGGAAAAUAGAGCUAGUUGGUGAAAGGCGAGCUCCGAAAAAGUUGGUCAGAAAGGAUACCCGCAACGUGACCGAGGAUGAAAAAAGGCGGCAGAAAGAACUUGACAAGAUCAGACCUCCGAGCAUAUGGAAUGUAUACUGUGCCAUUGUGACGUUCUGGGCGCCGGACUUCGUGCUUCAAUGCUUCGGUAUGCCAGCCCGAGCCCAACGACGGGCGUGGAGGGAAAAAAUUGGUCUCAUCAGUAUUAUCAUCGCUAUUGCCGCCUUUGUGGGGUUCUUGACCUUUGGCUUCACGCAAGCCGUCUGUCCGGCCCCCGGACUUCGUCUCAAGAUCAACCAUGUCGAUCGGGGUUACAUGAUUUUCCAUGGGGAUGCAUACAAUCUGGACGGGUCCCUGCAUCCAGCUGCUCUGGGUGUUCCGCUCGACAGCAACGUUCUCUACGAUCUUCCUCACAAGUAUGGCGGUCAGGAUGGAAGCUUCAUGUUCCAGAAGGUGAAUGGGGAUUGCAAAGGACUCAUUACUCUGGCCAACGGUUCUGAUGUCCCUACAAAUGACGAGGGAGAUCUGGCCUGGUACUUCCCUUGUACAGCUUUCAACCAGGAUGGUUCCUCGCCCGUCAACCUUACCGUGCCGUAUUAUUUGGGGUAUGCGUGCCAUACCACGGCCAAAGCGCGAAACACCUUCUACAAUUUGAGAAAGGCCGGAGAAGUCUUUUUCACCUGGGACGACGUCAAAAACCAAAGUCGAAACCUGGUUGUCUACUCAGGUUCGGUGGUCGAUUUGGAUCUUUUGAGAUGGUUCAAUGACAGUCAAGUCGCGUGGCCCAAGCAAUUUGACGAUUUACGGACGAAUGAUCAAAUUCGGGGCAUGGACAUCACACAUGUGCUGCAGUCAUCCACCGACAAGAAGGUUGGCCAAUGUCUCACCCAAAUCGCCAAAGUCGGCUCCAUUGAUACCGAGACUGUCGGGUGCAUCGCCUCCAAGGUCGUCCUAUACGUCUCGUUGGCCUUCAUUCUCGCCAUCGUGUUUGCCAAAUUUUUCCUCGCAUUGGCUUUCCAAUGGUUUCUGGCACGCAAAUUCGCCGCUGCCACAACUUCCCAAACCUCGGAUCCAAAGAAGAGGGCCAAACAGAUUGAAGAUUGGACCGACGAUAUUUACAAGCCGGCUCCAAAGAUAACAGAUCCCGCGAGCACCGUCUCAGGCUCGGAUGGACGUACCAGCAAGCGGGGAAGCAUGUUGUUCCCACAAACGUCUCGUUUUACCAGUCCCUACGCGGUCGAACGUGUGCCCAAGGGUAAUCGAGCUCCACCGACCACGAUGACCAGUCAAUCAUCCAGCGCCAAGCUGAUCCAACCAGGAAGUGGCUUAUACAAGACCGGUUACAAUGGCAGUCAGAAUACCUUGGACCUCCCCUCCCGCAUGAGCGUUGGUGCGAGCAGGGCCAGUCUCCUCCUUUCUGGUCAGGACACGCGCUACUCAGCGGUCCUAGAUGGUAUGGAACCUAAUGGCCCUGUCGGGUUCAUUCACGAAAAUGUUGUUCCUCAACCACCGCCUGAAUGGCAACCAUUCGGAUACCCCCUCGCACAUGUUAUUUGCUUGGUUACGGCCUACUCCGAAGGCGAAGAUGGUAUUCGUACGACGUUGGACUCGAUCGCUACAACCGACUACCCCAACAGUCACAAGGCAAUUCUUGUCAUUUGUGAUGGAUUGAUCAAAGGAAAAGGCGAGAAUAUGUCCACUCCCGACAUCGUUCUCGGGAUGAUGGGAGAUUUUGUCGUCCUUCCCGAAGAUGUUCAGGCCUUUUCUUAUGUGGCUGUAUCCAGCGGCUCCAAGCGACACAACAUGGCCAAAGUCUAUGCCGGUUUCUAUGAUUAUGGCCCCAAGUCGAGAAUUGAUCCGACCAAGCAACAGCGAGUCCCAAUGAUGGUGGUGGUCAAAUGCGGAACGCCGGAUGAAGCCACCAAGGCCAAACCUGGAAAUCGAGGCAAACGUGACAGUCAGAUCGUUCUCAUGUCCUUCCUGCAAAAGGUCAUGUUCGACGAAAGAAUGACCGAACUGGAAUAUGAAAUGUUCAACGGCCUGUGGAAAGUCACCGGCAUGUCCCCCGACUUUUACGAAAUGGUUCUCAUGGUGGACGCCGAUACCAAAGUCUUCCCGGACAGCUUGACGCAUAUGAUUUCGGCCAUGGUGAAAGAUCCCGAAAUCAUGGGUCUUUGCGGUGAAACCAAGAUCGCAAACAAGAAUCAAUCUUGGGUGUCACGGAUUCAAGUGUUCGAAUACUUCAUCUCCCACCAUCUGUCCAAGUCUUUCGAAUCGGUCUUUGGCGGUGUGACUUGUCUUCCGGGAUGUUUCUGCAUGUACCGGAUCAAAUCACCUAAAGGUAGUCAAAACUACUGGGUCCCGAUCUUGGCCAAUCCGGACAUUGUCGAACAUUACUCCGAAAAUGUGGUGGACACUCUUCACAAGAAAAACCUCUUGCUGCUUGGUGAGGACCGAUAUCUAUCGACACUGAUGUUGAAAACCUUUCCGAAACGAAAGCAAGUCUUUGUGCCCCAGGCCGUUUGCAAAACUACGGUACCCGAUGAAUUCAAAGUCUUGCUCUCACAACGUCGACGAUGGAUUAACAGUACCGUCCACAAUCUUAUGGAACUGGUCCUAGUUCGAGAUCUUUGUGGCACAUUCUGCUUCAGUAUGCAGUUUGUGGUUUUUAUCGAACUUAUCGGUACACUCGUCCUCCCGGCCGCUAUUGCUUUCACCUUUUACCUGAUCAUCAUCUCAAUUGUGAAGAAGCCAGUUCCAGUCAUUCCGCUCAUUCUCUUGGCUCUCAUUCUAGGUCUCCCUGGGGUCCUUAUCGUCUUGACCGCUCACCGUUUGUCAUAUAUCCUGUGGAUGUUGAUCUACCUCCUUUCAUUGCCCAUUUGGAAUUUCGUCCUACCAACAUAUGCAUAUUGGAAGUUCGACGAUUUCAGUUGGGGUGAGACCAGGAAAACGGCUGGCGAAAAGACCAAGAAGGCUGGUCUCGAAUAUGAAGGAGAAUUUGACAGCACUAAGAUCACCAUGAAACGGUGGGGUGAUUUUGAAAGAGAGCGACGAGCGCAAGCCAAUGGAAGUAGUUGGGCACAACAUUUCACCAGACCUCCGAGUGGUUAUGCUUCGACCCAAAACUUCGAUCCAUAUCAUGACUAUUGA